AUAUAUAUAUAUAUAUAUAUAUAUAUAAAAGCCAAUUGAGCUAGACAUCCCUCGCGGAUACUUGAUUCUAUAUUCGACCAUGGCAUCCAGCUCGGUCAAGGAAGCCGCCGCAAGUGCGGCCAACUCGGCACAGGAGAAGAUUGAGAACCCCUCGAAAACAACUUCUUCCUUCCUCCACCACCCAUACACCCGAGCAGUGCUCCCUUUCGUCAAUGGCGGUCUCGCCGGUAUGAGCGCCACGGCUGUAGUCCAGCCCAUUGACAUGAUCAAGGUCCGCCUGCAGCUGGCCGGAGAAGGUGUGCGAGAGGGUCCCCGUCCGACAGCCUUUAGCGUCACCAAGGACAUCAUCAGGUCCGGAAAGGUCCUUGAUCUCUACACUGGAUUGUCCGCAGGUCUGCUUCGACAGGCUGUCUAUACCACCGCCCGACUGGGAAUCUUCGACACAUUCAUCACCACUCUGAACAAGAACGCCGAGUCCAAAGGACAGAAAAUCUCAUUCAGAGAGCGUGCAGGGGCAGGUUUGGCGGCCGGUGGAUUCGCUGCCAUGAUUGGAAACCCUGCGGAUCUGGCGCUCAUCCGUAUGCAGUCGGAUGGUUUGAAGCCGCCCGAGGCGCGUGCCAACUAUCGCUCUGUCAUUGACGCCCUGGUCCGGAUCACCAAGACCGAAGGAAUCGGCGCUCUCUGGGCAGGAGCACUCCCAACAGUCGUUCGCGCGAUGGCGCUCAACUUCGGACAGCUGACCUUCUUCGCUGAGUCCAAGUCCCAGCUGAAGGCUCACACCAACCUGUCGCAGCGCAACCAGACCUUUGCCGCGUCCGCCAUUGCCGGAUUCUUCGCCAGUUUCCUCUCUCUUCCCUUCGACUUCAUCAAGACCCGCCUCCAGAAGCAGCAGAAGGACCCCAAGACUGGCCAGCUGCCCUACCGGGGAGUGCUUGACUGCGCUCGCAAGGUGGUGCGCGAUGAGGGUUGGUUGAGAUUCUAUCGCGGUUUCGGCACUUACUAUGUGCGGAUCGCGCCCCAUGCAAUGGUCACUCUCAUCGUCGCCGAUUACCUGAACUUCAUCACCAAAUAGAUGGCUUCUAAAGCCAUCUGUUGGGUUGUUUGUGCACAUUACCAUACAUAUCAGAGACACACUGCCGUUUUGCGCACAGCGAACUCGACGACGUCCUCGGAUGAUACGAUCAUGAUUACCUUACCUACUUAACACACGCUUUGCGUUCUGAAAAGUUGUCGUCGUCGCAUAACUUUUCAUACAUCUCGACACAUAAUGCGGGUUCCAUGUAUCGCCUCUCAAUCCAUUGAGUUGGGAUUCAGCUUCAGACUAGUUAGGGCUCCUCGACGCAGCAUCGAAACCGCAUCGCAGCUAGCUAUGAAGUGGAAGCACAGAUGGGGCUAGAGGAUAGAUUUCCUCCGGAGGGCUUAUUUAUACGCUUUUUUUUU